AUGCUUCAAAAUGGGAAUGAGCAUGUCAACGUCGAGCUGGAGUACAGACUUCCCCACGGCUUUAACAAGCCAACGGAGUCGGGUACCAGAUUUGUGAACUUCGCAGAAGCUUUGGACGUUUUCGUUCGUUCCAAAUAUCAAGAGAGGAGUUUCACAAGGAAUGGUAGUGGCAAAUUGGUGGAGUCAAGCUUAUCUGGCUCGGUCACGACAGUGGAGUCAGUCGAGUUCUGUGGCGUGGUCAUGGUGAAGGUGAAGUCCGCUCGACAGCUCAUAGCCUUGGACCUUACCACCCAGAGCGAUCCGUAUGUCGUGGCAGAGCUUGUUGGCGGACAGCAGCGCGUCCGCACAAGAGCCAUCAAGAACUGUGCUGAUCCCGUUUGGGAUGAGACGCUUAUGCUCAACAUUCGGAACCCGAAUGUAGAUAUUCUUCGGCUUUGCGUUUGGGAUGCGGACACCUUCAGUCAGGAUGAUGCCAUCGGGCAGUGCGAUAUCCCUCUUCGAGAAGUUCUGCGGCGUAGUAAGGAGAACCUAUCUUUCUCCCAACCGGCGGUUUUCGACGAUCAGAAGUUGUCUGGCGGUGACGGCCAUUCCUGCAUUUGCAUUCGGCUUCUUCAAAGAAACAAGCCACGCGGAUAUAUCAGUGUAGAGCUUACAUACCAGCCUCUGGAUUGA